GCUCCACACCCACAUUUACUCUUCGCCCAUCUUGGGCCAAUCAUCCGAUCAGCCCCGCCCGCAGAAGAGAAUGCCAGACUGACCAAGAAAGUGGUAGACUGGAGCCCCGCGCAGAACUUCUUGGCCUUAAACUGCCUCUGGAAAGCACCAGUUCGUGGAAUAGAAGAAGCGCUGAAGGAACUUGACCGUCGACGACUGAAGCAAUCGCAGACGAGGCCAGCGACUGGCUCAUGUGAAAAACGAUGCCAGCGACUGGCUCAUGUGAAAAGUGACAGACGAAGGCGAGAAUGUGAACAUGCAACUGCUCUUGACGCCCUCGUGACUUAUAAGACGGACAAACGGCUCGGCUUGACGACACUCUCCAACGACCACAUGCACCAGCAAGAAUGA